GCGAGAAUUGAGGAGGCGCCAAGGAAGAGAGCGCAUGCAAGCGUUAGAGAGCCCUCCCUUUCCUCGCGCCUCGGCUGCCAGCAUCCGGGUUUUUGGCCACGCUGUUGAGCCUGCUGUUGCCGGUCGCUUUGGUGGCUCUCAGCCUCUCAUUGAAGAAAAAAGCGACGAGGGCGCUAACAGGAUGAGCUCGGGCUACGGGACUCCCGCCACCGCCCUCAGCACAACUAACAGCAGCGGUGCAGACACGCGGGCCGGGGUGGACGAGGACGAUGGACAGAAUCUCUGGUCCUGUAUUCUCAGCGAGGUGUCCACUCGUUCCCGAUCUAAACUGCCUUCUGGGAAAAACGUCGUGCUGUUGGGUGAAGAUGGAGCAGGUAAAACUAGCUUAAUUGGAAAACUUCAGGGAAUUGAGGAAUACAAGAAAGGAAGAGGAAUGGAAUAUCUGUACCUAAAUGUUCAUGAUGAAGAUAGAGAUGAUCAGACAAGAUGCAAUGUAUGGAUUUUGGAUGGUGAUCUGUACCAUAAAGGCCUGCUCAGAUUUGCAAUAGAAGCCACCUCUCUAAAGAAUACUUUAAUUAUGCUGGUAGUAGAUAUGUCUAAACCAUGGACUGCUUUAGAUUCAUUACAAAAGUGGGCAAGUGUUGUAAGAGAACAUAUUGACAAAUUAAAAAUUCCUCCCGAAGAAAUGAAAGAAAUGGAGCAAAAAGUUGUUAGAGAUUUCCAAGAAUAUACAGAACCAGGAGAAGAUUUUCCAGCCUCUCCACAAAGUAGAAAUACUUCAUCACAAGAAGACAAAGAUGAUAGUGUUAUUUUACCUCUGGGUGCAGAUACACUAACGUGUAACUUAGGCAUUCCUGUUGUAGUAGUUUGUACAAAGUGUGAUGCCAUUAACCUUCUGGAAAAAGAACAUGAUUACAGAGAUGAACACUUUGAUUUUAUUCAGUCAUAUAUCAGACGAUUUUGUUUACAGUAUGGUGCAGCACUCAUUUAUACUUCAGUGAAAGAGAAUAAGAAUAUUGAUUUAGUUUAUAAAUAUAUUGUCCAGAAAUUGUAUGGAUUUCUUUUCAACAUACCUCCUAUUGUUGUGGAAAAAGAUGCAGUAUUUAUUCCUACAGGCUGGGACAAUGAAAAAAAGAUAGGAAUAUUACAUGAGAACUUUCAGAUUUUAAAAGUCAGUGACAACUUUGAAGAUAUUGUUAUAAAGCCACCAGUCAGAAAGUUUGUACAUGAAAAGGAAAUAGUGGCAGAAGAUGAUCAAGUAUUUCUUAUGAAGCAACAGACUCUGUUAGCCAAACAGCCACCUUCUACAACUGGACGGCCAGUGGACACCUCACAAAGGGUCCCUGGAGGAUCACCCAGGACACAAAACAGAUCUGUAACCUCCAAUGUUACCAGUGUUACAUCCAUCCCUGCUGGAUCUAAAAAAAUAGAUCCUAGUAUGAAAGCUGGAGCCACAAGCGAGGGAGUAUUGGCAAACUUCUUCAACAGUUUGCUGAGUAAGAAGACUGGAGCACCUGGUGGACCCAGUAACAUUGCUAGUCCAGGAGGAGUAGGAGGUACUGGAAGUGGUAGCAAUGGUAAUCUGCCGCCAUCUGCAAAGAAGUCAGGGCAAAAGCCUGUUUUGACUGAUGUUCAAGCGGAAUUGGAUAGAAUCUCACAAAAACCAGAUUUGGUUUCUCCAACAACACCUAUGUCCCCCACAGAAGGUGGGGCAUCUUGAAGUCACCAAAUAUAGCCAUUUAUUCAUUUUUAUUGGAUUAUUUAAUUGACUCUGCCUCUUCAUCCAAUGUCUAGAACUGGAAAACUGAAAUACUUCCAGAAAAGGACAAACAGAUGAUAUCUGUUGUAUUGCUGAACAUUGUAAAAGGGAAUUGCAUAGAUAAAAUUAUUACACAAUGUAAUACUACUAUUCACAAUUCAGUGUGACUUUCAAAUAUGCUUAUUCCUUACAGUCAGUGCCAUUCUCUAAAUUUGAAGGUGUCCAUUUAAUCACUUGAAAUCAUAAAACAGCUUGAAGAGUUGGCAAAAUGAUAUGCAAGAAAUAUGGGCACUUAAUUUAUAUUGAACUCUCAUUUUAACUUAACUCAGUUUUACAAAUCCUUUUGGAGAAGGAUCUAAUUUUUUUGGAGAAAGGUUAAUCAACCAUUGUUCUUUAGCACACCAUCAAUAAACUAACUCAAAUGUUAACACUGUUUGGAAUAUGACUUCAGAUUAUGCUGAUCUCAUUUGAAAUCUAACUUCAUUACACUGUUUGAAUUAAGUACUGCAGUACUAAGGAUUCAUUUCAAAUUAUUGGCAUGGGAAUUCUAAAUUUCUGAAAAAUAAAUAAAAAGUACAUAUGAA